AUGAGAGUCAUCCAAUCAUCCUCUCGUAUUCCUCGUCCUUUGCACGACUACUGGUUCGUUUCACCCAUCGUAUAUCCUUACAUGGGGGUAACCAAGUUGUCAUGCUGGAUUCCAAAGUUGAAGGUCCUCGUUAAAUCCACCAUCAACUCCUGCAAGGUUUGCGUCAUCUACAAGAAGAGAUUGCAGACCCAAAUGAUGGGGGACUUGCCCAAGGAAAGGGCGUCCUACUCGAGACCUUUCACGGACACUGGAGUCGACUUCGCCGGCCCAUUCGAAAUAAAGAAUUACACUGGCCGAGCCUGCCUCAUCACCAAAGGGUACGUCUGCGUCUUCGUGUGCUUCAGCACGAAGGCGAUCCACUUGGAGGCAACAUCGGAUCUCACGACGGAGAAAUUCCUGGCCGCAUUCUCCCGUUUCAUCGCACGGCGCGGGUGUCCACACCAAAUGUACUCGGACAACGGAAAAACCUUCGUUGGAGCUGACAAGGUGAUCUCCAACGACUUCUUGGAAGCGACGAGGGAGUGCAUCAUCGCACAACAUGCCCACAAGAGCCUAUCCUGGCACUUCAACCCGCCGGGCGCCCCGCAUAUGGGUGGUUUAUGGGAAGCCGGCGUAAAGAGUUUUAAGGCACUCUUUUACAAGGCGACCUCGAAAUAUACGUUCGAAGAGUUGUCCACUCUUCUCGCUAAGAUCAAAGCCUGCCUGAACUCGAGGCCGAUUUCCCCUAUGUCCGAGGAUCCUGCGGACUUACUAGCGCUCACUCCUGGCCAUUUCCUCAUAGGUGGCCCUCUUAUUUCGGUGUUGGAACCACCAAUUAACCAACCGGCCACCUCCAUCCUCAAUCGAUGGCAGCGACUAAAGGCUCUUCACCAACAAUUUUGUUUCCGUUGGAAAGAUGAGUACCUGAAGGAGCUGCACAAACGGACGAAAUGGCAAUCCCCUACCCGGAACCUUCGGAUCGGCACCGACGCCAAGGUCCGAGUGGUAGAUGUGCUCACGGCGCGGGGUACCAUCCGAAGACCCGUUGCCAAACUUAUUCUACUCCCGAUGGACAGCAAGACUGACCCCUCCAAGUCAGAAGGACUGAAGGACGAAUAA